AUGUCGCUGAAUAUUCCCGGCGCCCCGAAUGCUGGCUUGUUCAAGCAGGGCUAUCAAAACUAUGACUCGGAAGAUGGGGCAGUUCUGCGCAACAUCGACGCCUGUCGGGCCAUCUCGUCGACGGUCCAGACGUCGCUGGGUCCCUACGGCCGCAACAAGAUCGUCAUUAACCACCUCCAGAAGAUGAUUCUCACCUCUGACGCCGCUACCAUCCUGCGCGAGCUUGAUGUAGUCCACCCCGCCGCCAAGCUGCUCGUCAUGGCCAGCCAGCAGCAAGAGUCCGAGAUGGGCGACGCCACAAACCUCGUCAUCGUCCUCGCCGGCGAGCUGCUCAAGAAAGCCGAGGAUCUAUUACGCAUGGGGCUCAAGACAUCUGACAUCGUCACUGGCUACGAGCGCGCGCAAAAGAUUGCUCUCGACACGCUCGAGGAACUCGAGAUUGACAAGGUUGGGAACUUGCGGUCACAGGAGGAGCUCAGCAAGGCCAUCCGGACCGUCAUCGGCAGCAAGCAAAACGGCAACGAGGAGUUGCUGGCCAGUCUCGUCGCCGAGGCCGUUCUGUCGGUGCUACCCAAGAACCCGGCCAAUUUCAACGUUGACAACAUCCGCGUCGUCAAGAUCAUGGGCGGCAGCCUCGACCAGAGCCGCGUGGUCAAGGGGAUGGUGUUCGGCAAAGAGCCUGAUGGAUCCGUCAAGAAGGCAAAGAAGGCCAAGGUCGGCGUCUUCACCUGCCCCAUCGACAUCAGCCAGACAGAGACCAAGGGCACCGUAUUAUUGAAAAACGCAAAGGAUAUGCUUGAGUUCUCCAAGGGCGAGGAGGAGCGCCUCGAGGCCACCAUUAAGGAGCUGCACGACGUCGGCGUGCGUGUCGUCAUAGCGGGCUCCACCGUCGGCGAGUUGGCCAUGCACUACCUCAACCGCUACGGCAUCCUGUUCAUCAAGAUCCUCAGCAAGUUUGAGCUGCGGCGAGUGUGCCGGGUCGUAGGCGCCACCCCCCUGGCCCGGCUAGGUGCGCCCAUGCCGGACGAGAUGGGUAGCAUCGACGUGGUUGAGACGCAGGAGAUUGGCGGCGACCGGGUGACCGUCUUCCGGCAGGAGGACGAGGCCACAAGGACGGCAACGCUCGUCCUUCGCGGCGCCACCCAGAACCACCUGGAUGACAUUGAGCGGGCCGUGGAUGACGGCGUCAAUGUUAUCAAGGCUAUCACCAAGGACGCCCGUCUGGUCCCUGGUGCUGGUGCGACAGAGAUUGAGCUCGUCGAGAGGAUACAGGCUGUCGGCGACAAGACGCAGGGGCUGGCGCAGUACUCGAUCAAAAAGUUUGGCGAGGCCUUUGAGGUGGUGCCGCGGACCUUGGCUGAGAGCGCGGGUCUGGAUGCCACCGAGGUUCUCAGCCGGCUGUAUGCUGCCCAUCAGAAGGAGGACGGCUGGUCUACUGGUGUCGAUAUCGAGAACCAGGAUAACACGGGAAUCCUCGAUGCUGAGGACGAGGGUAUCCUUGACCUGCUUGUGAGCAAGCAGUGGGCUAUCAAGCUUGCCACUGAGGCUGCCCGGACAAUUUUGUCGGUUGACCAGAUUAUUGUUGCCCGGCAAGCUGGCGGGCCGAAGCCGCCUGGACCCAACCCUAACUGGGAUGAGGACUGA